CGGGCCCGGGGGCCGCGCAGGGCGAAGGGCGAAGGCGACUUCCUGUUCCCGGCCUGCUCGGCGGCGCGUCGCCCGGCCGCGGGGCGGGGGCAGGGGGGGCCCAGUCCCCGGCGCCGAGAUCCCCCUCCAGCGUCGGCGCGGGGGGGGGCUGCGCAGGGAGCCGGGGUGCGGGGGGCUGCGAUGGAGGAGUGGGCUCUGCUGGAUGAGAGGCAGAGGGAGCUCUACCGGGACGUCAUGCAGGAGAACUAUGGGGACGCCAUUUCACUGGGAUUUCCCGUUCCCAAACCGGCUGUGAUCUCCUGGAUGGAGCGCGAGGAGGAGCCAUGCGACCCAGAUCUCCAGGGCUCCGAGGAACAGGAGAUCCCAGCAGGUGACGGGACGGCGAGUGACAACGAGGAAGAGGAGGUGGCCGAGCCUCCCCGGCAGGAGGAAGAGCCUCCAGGGCCGGAAGCCCCCAACCGCCCCGACUGGGCCGAAGCCUGCGAGAGCUUGUGCCGGCCCCCGCAGCGGGGGGGCCGCUGGGGCCCGUACGCCCGGCGGCGGCGGGUCAGCGCCAGCCCCCGGGCCGAACCUCGCUUCUUCGACUGCCCCGACUGCGGGAAACGCUUCACACUCAGCUCCCACCUCAUCCGGCACCAGCGGGUGCACACCGGCGAGCGCCCCUUCGCCUGCGGGGUGUGCGGGAAGAGCUUCUCGCAGCGCUCGGACCUGGGCCGCCACCAGCGCACCCACACGGGCGAGAAACUCUACCGCUGCACCCAGUGCCAGAAGAGCUUCAGCGAGAGCUCCCACCUCAUCCGCCACCAGAUCAUCCACUCCGGCGAGAAGCCCUUCAAGUGCAACGUCUGCGGCAAGAGCUACGGCGACAGCUCCUACCUGGCCGUCCACCAGCGGGCCCACACCGGCGCCCGCCCCUACCGCUGCCCCCUCUGCGGCAAAAGCUUCGGACGCAGCUCCACCCUCAUCCGCCACCAGCGCGUCCACACUGGCGAGCGGCCCUACAUCUGCAACGAGUGCGGGAAGAGCUUCACCCAGUGGUCCAAGCUGGUGCGGCACCAGCGCAUCCACACCGGCGAGCGCCCCAACACCUGCAGCGAGUGCGGGAAGAGCUUCACCCAGAGCUCCCACCUGGUCCAGCACCAGCGCACCCACACCGGCGAGAAGCCCUACCGCUGCUCCGAGUGCGGCAAGAGCUUCAGCUGGAGCUCCAACCUCAUCCAGCACCAGCGCACCCACACCGGCGAGAAGCCCUACCAGUGCGGGGAGUGCGGCAAGGCCUUCAGCCAGAGCACCAACCUCAUCAAGCACCAGCGCUCCCACACCGGCGAGAAGCCCUACCAGUGCGGCGACUGCAAGAAGAGCUUCUACCGCAGCUCCGACCUCAUCCAGCACCAGAUCACCCACACGGGCGAGCGGCCCUUCAAGUGCGCCCAGUGCGGCAAGGGCUUCACCCAGAGCGCCAACCUGGUCAAGCACCAGAAGAUCCACGCCGGGGAGAAGCCCUUCCGGUGCACCGAGUGCGGGAAGACCUUCAUCCAGAGCUCCGAGCUCAUCCAGCACCAGCGCACCCACACCGGCGAGAAGCCCUAUGAAUGCCUGCAGUGCGGGAAGAGCUUCGGGCACAGCGCCACGCUGGUCAAGCACCAGCGGCUCCACAUGGGGGUGGAGCCCUACAAGUGCCCCACCUGCCACAAGACCUUCGGCCUCAGCUCGGCCCUGGCCCGUCACCAGCGCUGCCACACCGAGGAGCGGCCCUACGCCUGCCCCGAGUGCGGGCAGAGCUUUAGCCUCAGCUCCAACCUCACCCUGCACAUGCGGAUCCACCGGGGAGAGAAGCCCUACCGGUGCGGGGAGUGCGGGAAGAGCUUCGGCAUGAGCUCCACUCUGAUCCGGCACCAGCGGAUCCACACCGGCGAGAAGCCCUACCAGUGCGCCGAGUGCGGGAAGAGCUUCGUCCGCAGCUCCCACCUCAUCCAGCACCGCCGCACCCACACCGGCGAGAAGCCCUACCGCUGCGGGGAGUGCGGCAAGGCCUUCAGCCAGAGCUCCAACCUCAUCACCCACGAGCGCAUCCACAUGGAGGAGCGGCCCCACGUGUGCCACGAAUGUGGCCAGCGCUUUGCUGAGGAGGAGGGGCUGCGGCGGCACCAGGAGGAAGGGCAUAGCGGCGGGGCGGGAGGCGGGGGGCUCGGGGAGAGCCGGGAGACUUGCAUCUGCGACGAUUGCGGGGAAAGCUUUGGAGAUAGCUCCGCGUUGGCCAAGCACCAGGAGAUCCAUGCGCCUUGUAUCUGCAACGAUUGCGGGGAAAGCUUUGGAGAUAGCUCCGCCCUGGCCAAGCACCAGAUCACCCAUGGGUCUUGCAUCUGCAACGAUUGCGGGGAAAGCUUUGGCGAUAGCUCCGCGCUGGCCAAGCACCAGGAGAUCCAUGGGUCUUGCAUCUGCAGCGAUUGCGGGGAAAGCUUUGGAGAUAGCUCCGCCCUGGCCAAGCACCGGGAGCUCCAUGCCCCUUGCAUCUGCCCGGAAUGCGGGCAGAGCUGUAAGGACAGCGCGGCCCUGACCCGGCACCAGAUCACCCACAUGCGUGAAAAGCUUUACAAGUGCCCCGACUGCGGGCAGAGCUUUGGCGACAUCUCUGCCCUCACCCAGCACCAGAGAAACCAUAUCAGGGAAAAGCUGAGAUGCCCGGACUGCGGGCAGGGGCUCGGGGCGAGCUCGGCUCCGGGGGCCCACCAGAGGGGCCGCGCCCCGGCCAAGCCCGUCCACGACUGCUCGGCUGCCGGUGCCCACGAAGGAAGCCGCGCCGAAGGGGAGCCCGUCCGUGACAGCUCGGAGCUUGGGGUCCACGAAAAAGGCCACCCCGUGGCGGAACCGUCCCACGUGGCUCUGGGCGUCCGUGGAAGAGGCCGGCCGGCGGCAGAUCCCUUCCCCGACGGCUCAGCCAGCGGCGGCCGCCCCGGCUCGGGCGAAAUGGCCAGCCUCAUCCGGCGCCCGGCCACCGAACCCUACAAGUGCCACGACUGCGGCCAGAGCUUUGCCGAGGGCGUGGGUCUCUCCCGCCACCUGGCCUCCCACCCCAAGCCCUUCCGGUGCCCGGAGUGUGGGCGCGGCUUCCCGGACCCGCCAGCCUUGGCCCAGCACCGGGAGGCCCACGCUGGAGGGGAGCCGGCCGGGCCCGGGGAGAAGAGCCGCAAAAGCUGUGCCGAGAUCUCCGCCGUCCUCUUGCGCCAGGGAAACCACGUGGCCGGGCGCGGCCUGAGGAGCCACGCGGCAGACAACCCCCUUCCUCCCGGCGGCUCGGCUCCGGCUCGGCCACGCCUCCAGCCCUCGGGCCGCGGCCUGGCCGUGGCCAGCCGCCGGGGCGGGGGGAUGUCUCUGGCGCGGCCGGAAUGUGGCAAAGGCUCCCAGGGGGGUUCUGUGCUCCUACAGCACCUCCAGAACCACGUGGGGGACAGGGUGUGAGGCCCCCGGGGGCACCGGGCCAGUUCAUAGAUAGAGACUGGGCUGGGGGGAGAGGGGGGGA